GCUGGUGUGUCGGUUGGGCAAUUGCAAAAUUCACGAUGCUUUGCACAUGGGAUUUUGCACAAACCGGGGAGGGGUUUUGGAAAUCAUCGAUGCGCGGCUAGACCGCAUUGUUUAAUUUAUAGUCUGGCGCAGUUUCCUGCGUGUGGCUUUGAACUCGUCUCCGCGGAGGGCUGGCAGUUGAUGGAGAGAAAGAAAGCAAGACGAUGGUGAAGGAAGCAGAGAGAAGAAGAGAGCAGAGGCUGGAGAAUUGUGCAUUUCUAAGCUCACCUGUUCUGCCCUCGUCGUGGUGGUGCGACUCUGCGUGUGGCUAUUCUCGCGAGCGUCCUCAGCUGUUGCGACAACUACCCGCAUGUUUUUUGUCGCCACCCAGAGACCCAACUCAAUCGUACCCAAGCCUGGCAUUGGGUGGAACGUUCCAGGUUUUUCUUUUCUUUUCUUUUCUUCUCCCGUCUCUUUUGGCAAUCUCUUCUUUCGCGCCGAUUACACGGCCAGGUUUGCGCGGCCCGAGCGCGUGGGAGGUGGCCCUGAGCAUUGCGUGUUCAAUGGCGGUCGGUGGCGGCGGUGCUACUCCCCCGACCGACUCCGCCGUCGCCACCAAGGGAGUGGAAAGAGAGGUGCGGAAUGCAGGGGAGUGGAGUGGACAAGGCAUGGCAUGGAGCGGGACGCAAGAACAAAACUGUCGUGAACGGCCUUUUUCCUUGUUUUGCACCGUAUGUGCAGCAGCGAUCGACUAGGAUCUAGAUUGGAGAUCGUCUCCUGCCCUUCCGAUCCCCCCGCCCUUCUCCCUCCGCUCGACCCGUUGCCCGUUGCCCGUUGCCCGACUGUUCUGGCCCAUGAAAGAGCCCUAUGGUGUGGGUGCGAAGGACGGCGGGCGACACAAGCCUCAUCCACGCACUACU